UAAAACUAACUUGGAAACAACUUUUAUAUCAGUUAUCAUGCCAUUCAUCUUCAAAAAGGCCUUCCCUUUCUUAGCUUAUGGCUUCUAAAAUCACAUCAUCUUACUUCCUCUUUCCCCCAUAUCUUCAAUCUCUUCUUCUUCUUCUUCUUCUUGUUUUACCAACUUGUUCCUUUUCUCAGCUGUAUAAAAAUGUAACCCUGGGUUCAUCUCUCACAGCUACUCAACUAAAUGAUCACCACCACUGUUGGGUCUCCCAAUCUGGUGAUUUUGCUUUUGGGUUUCUACCCUUGGGAACUAAUACUUUUUUGUUGGCCAUUUGGUUCGACAAAAUUGAUGACAAAACUGUGCUUUGGUCAGCUAAUCGUGAUAAUUUGGCACCUAAAGGUUCCACAUUUCAAUUUACUAGUGGCGGUCAACUUGUGCUUAAUGAUCCUGGAGGCAAUCAAAUAUGGACGGCAACUGCAAGUUCCUCUGGAAAUACUAAUCGAUCUGUUUCCUAUGCUGCGAUGCUUGAUAGUGGAAACUUUGUGUUGGCUGCGACUGAUUCUGAAAUUUUGUGGCAAAGCUUUGAUGUGCCUACUGAUACAAUUUUACCAUCACAAACUUUGAAUAUUGGUGGAGCCCUUGUUGCUCGAUAUUCAGAAACCAAUUACAAGAGUGGAAGGUUUCAACUUUUGAUGCAAACUGAUGGGAAUCUUGUGCUUUCUCCCAAUGCAUUCCCUUUUGAAACAACAAACAUAGCUUACUGGGAAAGUAACACUACGGGCUCUGGCUUCCAGCUUCUGUUCAACCUUACUGGUUCCAUUUCUGUGAUUGCAGAGAAUAAUACCAUUCUCACAACUGUGGUACCCAAUACCCUUUCACCAAAAAAUUAUUACCUCCGGGCAAUUCUUGAGCACGAUGCUGUUUUUAGAUUGUAUGUUUAUCCGAAAGCCACAAGUAAUUCAACAAUGCCUAAAGCUUGGACUCAAGUAUCAGACCCUGUAAACAUCUGUAUUAUGGUCAGUGAUGGUACAGGAAGUGGAGUUUGUGGAUUUAACAGCUAUUGUCAGCUUGGUGAUGAUCGAAGGCCAUUUUGCUCUUGUCCACAAGGCUACGUCUUAAUUGAUCCAAAUGAUGAGAUCAAGGGUUGUAAACCCAACUUUGUUGCUCAGAGUUGCAAUCCCUUUCUUGAAACUGAUGACUUCGAAUUUGUUGCAAUGGAUGAAACGAAUUGGCCUCAAGGUUCUUACGCCAGUUUCAGCCCAGUAAGUGGGGAAUGGUGUAGAAACGAAUGUUUGAAUGAUUGUUUUUGUACGCUUGCCGCUUUCAGAAAUGGCGAGUGUUUUAAGAAGAGAUAUCCUUUAGUUUUUGGACGCAUGGAUCCUGAGGCUGCUGGCAUAACAUCUUAUCUCAAAGUCAGGAAACUAAAUUCUACUGCCAAACUUAAUGAUCUAAUUCAGAAUCGAAGGAACAAAACUACAAUCAUUGUAUCAGUUCUAUUAGGAAGCUCUGUUUUUCUAAACUUCAUCUUAUUCCUUCUCACUUUAUUCAUUUGUUACCAUUUCAGGAAAAGGAAAUCGGAUGUGGUUGAGGAAGACCCUUUCAUUUUAGGUGUGAAUCUCAGGAUCUUUAGCUACGAAGAGCUCAACAAUGCCACAGGUGGAUUCAUCCAACACUUGGGGCGUGGCUCUUUUGCUACUGUUUAUAAAGGGAUUAUUGACUCUGACAACAACAAUAACUUGGUAGCUAUUAAAAAGUUCGAUAAUGUGGUUCCAGAUGGAGAACAAGAAUUUAAGGCUGAAGUGAUUGCUAUUGCUCGAACAAACCACAAGAACUUAGUUCGAUUGCUUGGCUUUUGCAACGAAGGAGAACACAGAAUGAUGGUGUAUGAGUUCAUGCCUAAUGGGUCUCUUGCAGAUUUCCUUUUUGGGACUUCGAAACCAAAUUGGCACAGCAGAAUUCAAAUUAUUUUAGAGACGGCCAGAGGACUAUGUUAUCUACACGAAGGGUGUAGUACUCAAACCAUUCAUUGUGAUAUUAAGCCUCAGAACAUCCUUCUGGACGAGUCGUUUUCCGCAAGGAUUGCAGACUUGGGGUUGGCCAAACUUUUGAAAAAUGAUGGAGCUCGGACCACCCCAAUGACAAUGACAAUGACAAAUGGAGAAAGCAAAGGAUAUGUAGCUCCAGAGUGGUUCAGAGGCCUCCCCAUCACAGUAAAGGUGGAUGUUUAUAGUUUUGGGGUAGUGUUGUUGGAGACGAUAUGUUGUAGAAGGAGUUUGGAGGAAAAAGAAGAGGAUGAAAAACAAAAGGUGUUGAGAGAUUGGGGUUAUGAGUGCUUGAAAGAGAUGAAAGUGGAGAUGUUGGUAGAGAAAGAUGAAGAAGCAAAGAUGGAGUUGAAAAGAGUGAAGAAGUUUGUGAUGAUAGCAAUAUGGUGCAUUCAAGAGGAACCAUCUCUAAGGCCAAGCAUGAAGAAAGUGUUACAGAUGAUGGAAGGUGCCAUUGAAGUUUCCUUUCCUCCUCAUCCAUCUUCCUUCAUUAGUUCAAUCUCUUAGUACUUCCUUUUCAGUUGUUUACUUCUAUUAUUUUCUUCUUCAAAAUCAAAAUGAUCAAAACUAGGAUUCUUUUUAGUUUUGUAGUGUGAUCCAAUGAAAUUAAUUUGAAAGUUUAGAACAUGUUCGAAAUUAGUUUAUAUCAAUUUGUACCACAAAUUUCAAAGGUUGUAUGAGCUAAUAUUUAUUUUUAUUAAUGACCUUUGAAACUUGAUCGA